AUGGCAUCCAAAGUAUCAUAUGAGAACAAAGCAUAUAUCAAAACUGUGGUUACCCAACACUGGAAGAUGGAAUUUUUAGGAUCCCAUGCCUACUGGAACGAUUUUCAAGGAAAAGCCACAACACAUGCCUUUAUGCUUUAUGAUAAAAAUGAUACCAUUGUUGUGUCCUUCAGAGAUACUGAAACUUUUGCUGCAGAAUCAUGGAGUUCUAACGUUGAUCUCUCUUGGUAUGAGAUAGAUGGCAUCGGCAACAUUCAUGCCGGGUUCAUGAAGGCUCUAGGUUUACUAAGGGUCAAAGAUUGGCCCCAAGAUAUUAAUAACCAAACCGACAACCGCCCAGCGGCCUUAGCAUACUAUGCCAUCAGGGAAGAGUUAAGAGAAUUUAUAAGCAGAAACAAUAGAGCAAAAUCCAUAUUGACAGGCCAUAGUUUAGGUGAUGCAGUGGCUAUACUCUUUGCAGCGAUUUUGGCAUUUCAUGAGGAGACGGAGUUAUUGGAGAGGCUGGAGGGGGUUUACACAUUUGGCCAGCCCAGGGUAGGAGAUAAAAAGUCUGCAGAGUUCAUGACAAACAAGUUAAAAGAGAAUGCCAUUAAUUACGCUCGCUUUGUUUAUAGCAAUGAUGUUGUUGCUAGAUUGCCUUUUGAUAACUCUGAGCUCAUGUUCAAGCACUUUGGGCAGUGCCUACACUUCAACAGCUUCUAUAAAGCAAAGGUAGUUGCAGAAUUACCAAACAAAAACUACUUCUCACCAUUAGCGGCAAUACCCAUUAGGAUAAAUGCAGUUUGGCAACUGGCAAGAAGCUUUAAUUUAUGGCGCAUGAAGGGGAAGGAGUAUAGAGAAGGGGGGCUGAUGGGAGUGCUGAGGGCUAUUGGAUUAUGUCAACGCUACUCCCCUGGGAAUCACCCCCAGCAGAUUGUGAUGACUCUUCCUUUCCGACACAGUCUUCUUCCAACGGCUCUUCUGGGAGCAGCCAUCGACGAAGACGAGUCGUCUUCGUCAACCACCACUCCUAGGAAGGCCGCCCGAAGGAGAUCACAUAAGUCAUCUUUGUCGAUUACUGCUCCUGAAAGAGCCGCCCGAAGGAGAUCACAUCAGAGAGGAAGAGUCGUCGCCUAG